AUGGAGUGCCUUCCAGCUGGCAGCCGGCACAGCCGGCUCUUCCCGCUGCUCUGGGCGGAGUCAAGUCUGCGACCGAGCUGCCCCCGGCAGACGGAGGCUGCUCCGAGCAGCAGCAGCAGCGGCGGCGGCGGCGCCUCCGGGCUGUGGCCACGCCCCCUCCGCGCGGCGGGGGCGGGGGCUCCGCAGGCUCCGCCCCCCGCGGGCCCGCGGCCGUCGGCAGUUGGCAGCUGGGGGGGGCGGCGCCGGGGGCGGCCCUGCCCCGCGGGCCCUCCGCCCCCGCGGGCGGGGUCGCGUCCCGGUCGCCCUGCUCCAGGCCCAGCGCCGGCCGCUUCUCCCCGAGCAGCUCGCGGGUGCCCGGAGCGCGGGAGACAGGGCCGCGCCCGCAGCCCGGAGGCGCCUCCGCUGCUCCCGGGAGCAGCCUCCCCCCGCCUCCCCGGCCGCGGGCGCGCCGGAAGUGCCGCGCGGGCCGCAGAGGAAGUGACGGCGGGGCGGGGCCCGCCGGAUUCAAGCGGCGGGCGCCAUGGAGGUGCCGACCUUCCCCCGCUACAGCCCCGGCGACAUCGUCGCCGCCCUGCGCGGCCACGUGCUGGCCGGCUCCGAGGCCCGGGCCCUGGCCAAGGGCGACCUGUUCCCCGCCCCCAAGGUUUCACUGCUCUGACAGAGAAAUUCAGCCAGAGCAUCAGCCUAGAGCAGGGUGCGGAUGAGGUGACGCAAACCCUCAAUCACUACCUGAGCGACAUCUUGGAGGAGCUGCUGGCUUUUGGAGGGGACAUCUUGAAGUUUGCAGGGGACGCCAUGCUGGUGUUGUGGAGGGUAAAGCAGACCGAGUUGAAGGACACCAUCAGCCUGGUGCUGCAGUGCAGCCAGCAAAUCCAGGAGAAGUAUGGGAUCCGUGAGACGGACGUGGGCCAGAAGCUCCGACUGAAGAUAGGGAUCUCGGCAGGGCAUAUAUCCCUGCUGACUGUCGGAGACAAACGGGAGCAGCACUUCCUGCUCCUUGGCCAGACCGUGGGUGAAGUUUGGCAGGCCCAAAACCUUGCCACCGCAAGUGAUGUCGUCCUGUCAGCCGGCUGCUGGGAGCUGUGUGACCAGAGCAAGAUCACGGCAAAGAGAAUUAAAGGCCAAGCAGCUGCUGUGAAGGUUACAGGCGUGGAACGGAUGUCUGUGUGUCAACGUGAAGAACUCUUCUCUCAGUUUCCCCAAGCCCGGCUGAACUCCUCUUGUCCUGAACUGUCAGGCAUCCUGAGGCCCGCUGUUACCCUGGCCCCUUGUCACUCUCUGUGGAAGCUGCUGCGCAAGUACAUCCCAGCGACGGUGCUGAGGAAGCUUGAUGACAGACAGCCCCUGGACUACAUGUCUGAGCUCCGGCCAGUCACCUGCCUGUUUGUCAAGCUGCAUUUUGCUGCCCGUGUCAACUUAGCGCAGCUCUGCAAAGCUAUCCAGGACAGCAGCGUGAUGAUAUCGGAGAUCAUCCGUCCUUACAAGGGCGAGAUCAACAAGAUCAUCAUGUUUGAUAAAGGCUGCACGUUCCUGUGUGUAUUUGGACUCCCUGGAGAGAAGGUGCCCUACGAAAGCGUUCACGCCUUGGAAAGUGCUCUUAAAAUCUCCAAGGCGUGCUGCUCGAGGCCUAUGAAAAUCGAGGCGGUCUCCGUUGGGGUUACCAGUGGGACGGUGUUCUGCGGAGUCGUUGGCCAUCGUGUGAGGCACGAAUACACAGUCAUGGGCCAGAAGGUGAAUUUGGCAGCCCGGCUGAUGGAGAGCUACCCCGGCAUAGUGUCCUGUGACACAGCAACCUACGCCACCUCUCAGCUGCCCUGUUCCUACUUCAAGGAGCUGCCAGAGGUGAAGAUGAAGGGGGUUGCGGAUCCUGGCACCAUCCAUCAGUACCUGGGGAUGUUGGAGAAGCUCAUAGCUGGCAUGGAGGUUCCGAAGGCGAGGUCCGCGUAUCCCACCUUGCUCGGUCGGGAGAAGGAGAUGGCCCUCUUUGAAAGUUACUUGAAAGCCUACGUGGCUAGGAAAGAAAGCCGCAUCGUGGCAUUUGAGGGCGUUAUGGGCUCUGGAAAGAGCCAUCUCCUCACUGAACUUGCCUAUUUAGGCCAGGCUGCUGGGCACAGGGUAGUGGCUGUGGAGCUGACGGAGCAGAACCUGAGGCAGGCCUGCUCUGCCAUGCACAUGAUGCUGGCUGUGGCCAUGGGCCUCCAGGCCUGUCAGUCGUGCAGCGCCAGACAGCUCGUCCUGCAGCAAAAGCUCCGAGGGCUGAUGGGAGAGAGCAGCUACUGCCUCCUCAAUGUCCCUUUCCUGGUUAAGUUUCCGCUGUCGGAGAAGGUCUCCAAGAUGAGUGACGCUCAAAGGACAGCGGCACUGGAGUCAGUGCUUAAGAAAGUGCUACAGAAGACGGUUGAAGAAGAAGUUGUCGUAUUUGUCAUCGACAACGCGCACUACAUUGACGCGACCUCCUGGGCUUUUCUGUGGCGGAUGCUCAGAGAUGUCCCGGCCUUCCUGGUCAUGGGCUUGGCUCCUGGUCGCUCUAGAAGACAGAGGCUUUGCAAAACUGCAGCAGACAUCCUGAAGCUGCAGCAAACAACCUGUGUCCAUCUGGAAGAGCUGAAACCUUCAGCUGUUGUGCAGAAAGCCUGCCAGGCCCUUGGAGUUGUCAGCAUGCCCCGGGCCCUAGAGACGUUCCUGAUGCAGAGAAGCUACGGGAUCCCAUAUUACUGUGAGGAACUGCUGAGCCACCUUAAUCGCCACAACAUGCUCUUGUUCCACCCGCUGCGGAAGGAUGGAAAAACGGAGGCCAAGUGGGAGAGCCUCUUCACUUCUGCGAUGGAGGCUUCUCCUGGGGCAGCAUGCCACAGCUCCAGCGCGGGGAAGGACUGCAGGGUGUGCACCGUCAGACCUGACGUGAACCUGCAGAACACCGUGCUUCCCCCCACCCUGAAAGAGAUUGCGCUGACUGAGCUGGACAGCAUGGAGCCCUCAGAGCAGCUGGUUUUGAAGUGUGCAGCCAUCAUCGGGCUGAUGUUUACCACCGAGCUGCUGUUCCACAUCCUUCCCACGUGGACCAAGGCUAAGAUGGAGAAGGCAUUGAACGUCCUGGUGAGAGGCCGCAUCUUGAAGUGGCUGAAGGCUGAAAAGGUGGCGGAAGACAGCAGUGUUUCCACCGAGGGGUCCGUCGCCUCUCUGGAGGAAGAGUGCGGUGCCCAGAAGUGGUCCUCGGGUGAGACCGAGAAGACCGCGAGGCUGCAGUGCGGCGUCCUGGCCUUCUGCGCCCCGCUGCUGCGGGAGGCUGCCUAUGAGCUGUGGCCCAAGGCGCAGAGGGUGGCCAUGCACCACAAGUGCACGGCCUUCCUGCAGAGGCAAGUGCACAAGUGCCAGUGCUGCGGCGGAGGGGACUUUGUGGCUUUCCACCGCUUUGCCAUCAGCGGCAUCCAGGAGGGACAGAGCUGUGACGACUUCCCCAGCAAAUGCUACUUGCCCAGCUGGGAGGCCUCCCUGGGCCAACCCGAGACGGAGCGAGAUGAGCAGCCCACCACUUCGGAGACUGCAAAAGCGCUGCAGGAAGGGAAGAGCGUCCUGGUGGUGACUUCUCGAGCGACGCAGCGGUUUCUGGCCAAGACCGAACAGAUCCCUACGGUGGCCAGCGAGACCAAAGGGAUGCGCGGUGCCGUGCGUUCCUGCGAAUGCAAGGCCAUCGUGGAAUUGGUGCUCGUGCCCUUGGCUCACCACCACAUGGCAAUGGGCAACGAUGCCAGAGCCCUUUAUUAUCUGCUGGAGUGCGCGGCUGCCUACUUGCACGUCUGCGACAACUACCUGGCUUUUACAAAUCUGACCAAAGCAGAGGUCCUGAUGAGCUCGGAAAGGGCUAAGAAAGCCAAGGUGCUGGCCUGCUUUGAAGAAGCCACCUUCCUGAGCCUGAAAGGGGAGGUCUGCUACAAUAUGGGCUGCACGGACCUGGCAGAGAUGACGACGAGAAAGGCCUUGAGCCUGCUAAACAGGCAAUUCCCGGUCACCUCAGCUGGCGUGGUCUUUAAAUCUCUUCUGGAGAAGUUGAAGCAUGCCUCUUGGGAGGCGACCAAGGCCUCCUGCCUUCAUCAAGAGGCCAGGAGGGAGAGGCUCCCCUGGCUGCUCCGGCAGAGCCGCUGCCUUUUCUUGCUGCGGCAGCUCUUCAGCCUGGAGAGUGCUUCCAGCGGCCGGAGGCGCUCGCGCCUGGCAGCGCUCAUGGAGGUCAACACGGCCGAGGAGUCCGGGGAUGCGAGUCACAUCCUCUGGGCCUACGUGGAAUACGCCCAGCGCUGCCAGGACCUGGGCUGCCGGGAAGAGUGGCUGCAGUACGGGCGGGCGGCCAUGCAGCUCAGCUCCGACGUCGAGCCCUUUGGAGGAGGGGUAUUAAACGCCGCAAAAUUCGCCCAGGCCCUGUCCCAUCUGAACCUCAGCCUGGGAAAUCUGCCCCUCUCUGUCGAUGUCGGCUAUCGUGCCAAGAGCCUGUGCGCAGAGCUGGAGCAGCCCGAUCUAGACCGUGAGGUUCUGGCCACGCUCUUCACGGCGCUCUUCCUCCAGAUGAGGUACCCGGAAUGUGUGGAAGUGCUCGCCAGGCUAGAGAAGCAGGUGGCUGGAGAGCACCGGAUCAUCGGGCAGGCGUGCUUCUUCUCCUGCUGCUUAGACCUCUUGCUUUAUGCUGGCUGGGAGUAUAAGUCAUUUGAGGAGUGCAGGAGCUUCGUAGAGCAGAAUGAAGCAAACUGCAUCCUCAAAUCACAGAAGAGCAUCCUGUUUGGGCUGUUUUCAUCCCUGGCUCUUUGGUUUGCAAGGCUUGGGCAAUGGGACAACUUCCAGAAGCCCUUUGAAAAAGCCAAGCAGCUGCUGAAGGGAGCUGACGCCUCUGUGCCUGCCACGCAAGCGUGCAGUCGGCUCCUGGAGUGCUACAGCCUGCUGCUGAGAAAGGACAUUGAGCACAGCUCGGCGAGGGCCUGGGAGAGCCGUGCCGGGGCUCUAAGGCUGGCCGAAGAGGCUUUCGCGCGGUGCUCUACAAGCCCCGUCUUCUACGCCAGAGUCUACCACCUGAAAGCGUACAUUUUCCGCAUGCUGGGUGACAAACACGAGAGCCAGCUGUGCCUCACCCAGGGCCUCCAAGCCUGUGCGCUGAAUGGCAACCUCCUGGAGAAGACGUGGCUGGAGAUGAGCUCUGAGCAGUGGUCCACUGGAAAGGCCUUCAGGCACCAGUCUCCCCCGGGGCCAGCUCCCGAAGCAAAGCCAGAAGUCUAGCUCCAGGUACCUGCUGAAGCUGCCAGUACUGCAGAGCACGGAUGCUCCUCCAUGAAUUAAAUAAUUAAAUCCCA